AUGGACCCCGCUGCCCACCCGCCCCAAGCGGCCGCCCCGCCGCCGCACGCCGCCGCCCCGUCGCUGCACGCGGCCCUGCCGCCGCCGCCGCCGCAAGCCCCCCGACCCGUCGGCACGCGGCCGCCGGCCGCCCCGCCGGCCGUUCCGCCACCACAAGCUCUUGAUACGCGGGACGAGCGGCUCCGGCAGCUCGACAGCCUGCGCCGCGCCAAGGCGGCCGCUCAGCCGAGACCCGCCGUAUUAUCACCGGCCACGGCCGCGGGAGCGCUCGCGGCAUUAACGAGUCAAGCUAGACAACACACGACGAGACAAGACGAGACGAGACGGAGGGAUGACGAGCGCAUCGAUGUGGACGACUCCCCGAACCCGACCGACGUGAAGAAGGCCCUGACCUUCAAAGGGGCGACUGUGGCCUGGGCAAUACUCAAAAGACAUAAAAUCAUCGAGAGCAGGCCGGUGCGCUUACCGACCGGAGGGUGGAUCGCCGCGCACGUGGGCAAGGGAGCCUUCAAGGGUGAUUACUCGGCUCGAAUCCCGAACUGCCCGUCGGAAGAGUCGUUGCUCCAAAGGUACAUGGGUUGCAUUGUGGGCCUGUUCAAAAUAAAAGAUUGUAGAAGACCGAACAACUGUGGGGGGAGUGUCUGGGCGGAAGGGCCCGUCUGCAACGUGGUGGAAGCGGUCAUCGAGCUCCCGGAGCCGGUCCCGGUCACGAAGGGCAAAUUACAUGUGUGGCUCAUGGACGAGGGGACACGACUUAGGGUUGCGGGGCAGUUGGCUUCUCUACCAAUACAGUAUACGGAUCUAUCUUCAUUACCACCGUUCGAGCCGAUCGUCGGGCCCAUCACGCCGGGCCGGAAUCGGAGCUACAAUCGGACGGACGACAUUCCUUCAUCGACGCGACCGCCCUCCUGGGUCGACGAGACCGCGCCUUUGCCCGUGCACAACGACUACGGCGCGCGCUACGGCGGCUACCAUACGGAGGGUUAUUACGCCGGUGGUUUGGGUGGCUACGCGCAGCAGUACGCGGCCGCGCACCCUUUGGCUCCGGCCGCCGCGCACUACUACGUGCGGUUCUGUGUCUCGUCGAUGGCGUGGUCUGACAUUUGAUUUCCGCGCAGGCGCCGCCGCCGGGCUAUAGCCCUUAUCCGCCGCCGCAGCACCACGGCUACGCGAGCCCGGGCCAGAUCGGUUAUCGGCCGCGGCCAGCGCCGCGGCGCCACUCGCCGCCGCCUCGAGAGAUCUGCGAGGGAGCGCUGGCCUGGUACGACGGCCUGCAGCGCCGGCCCCCUGGCGGUUAAGUUUUAUAACAUU